AUGGCACACAUGAAAACCUCGUUUAUCUUGCUGGUUUUUGGUCUUGUUACAAUAGAUGCAUUUCCAAUUACAAAACCAGAAAACAAGGUUUGUAUAGUAAGAUGGACCAUGUAUAUCAUCGAUGGGAUAGGUUCUCCUAUCGAUGUUCAUAUACAAUCAAGUGAUGAUGAUCUUGGAGUUCGCACACUUGCACCCGGAUCAAAUUUUAACUGGACUUUCUGUGUUAAUUGGAAUUCAUCUACUUUGUUCUAUGCUCAUUUCUACUGGAAUUCUAAAGAAAUGUUUUUUAAUGUUUUUAGUAUGUCGAUUAGUAAAAGCUAUUGUAGGAAUGGUAAGUUUUUUAAACCACAACAAUGUUUUUGGUUAGUUAGAGAAGAUGGGUUUUAUUUGUCUCAGCUAAAUAAUCCAUUUCCACAAGGAUGGACAAAGUGUCGUUCAAUCCUCUAUUGUCUCUUCAGAGCUCUUAGUAUAACUGCUCAACAAUCUCCAAUCGAAGAGGAAGGAGAGUUAACUCUCAAAUCCGUUCGAGUCACGUUUCCGAUCAUGGCAACUAGGAAAAAUCUGACCACAACUAAUCACCUCCGUCAUUUGGAGUCAAUGGCGACUCACCCGUCGGGUGCCGGCAAGAUACGAAAGCUAAAUGUCGUGAUACUCGGUGAGUCUCUUGCAUCCGAGGAGGCCGAUCUCGUAUUUCCCGGUCACGAUUUCUCCCAACAGGCAUACGUACCCUCUCCUCAAAAGUACUUGGAGUUGGAGAUAUACAACAGAUCAAUUGAAGAUCCGGGUGGCUUUUGGUAUGAUAUGGCGCAUCAGAAUUCUAUUGGAAAGAGAAAUGGGGUCAAUAGGUUUACUCAGAGAAUCUUGAUGUUACAAAUGGGAACAUCAAAAUUGAGAUGUUUAGGGCUAAUUGCAAACAUGGCCCUUCUCAGGCAGAUGUUUGGGGAAUUGAAGAAAACCCUAGUUAUGGCCCUUCUCAGGAAGAUGUUUGGGGCUAGUACCGAGAAGGUGAAAGUGGAGAAAAAAUCCUGGAAAGUUGAUAACUGUUGGUUUGGAACUGACGACUCUUUCAAGCACCCACCAGUGGAGCUGAACCUAAGUGAUGCUGGGUUCCAGGAUCGGUACAUUGUUCAAGAAAUCAUUACAGAAAUGGCAAAGAACAGACCAAUUAACGUUAAAGGAAAGAAGGGUUUCAAAGAGAAACUUAAACAAGCUAGUGAAACAGAUCAUCGUGCUGAAGUUAGUACUAGCAAAAAGAUUAUAGAUGCUAAACUUGCAAAAGAUUUUCAAGCAGUUCUAAAAGAAUUUCAUAAAGCUCGAUGCCUUUCAGCUGAAAGAGAGACAACUUACACUCCUUUUGUUCCUCAAACUAUUCUUCCUUCAAGACAGGAGGUUUUGUUAUUGGACAAUGAGAUUGCGUUUAAUGAGGCGAUUAUUGAGGAAAGAGAAAUACAGAAUCAAAUUGGGGAAGUAAAUGAGAUUUUUAAAGAUCUUGCUGUUUUGGUUCAUGAACAAGGAGCCAUGAUUGAUGAUAUCGGGUCAAACAUUGAGAAUUCUCAUGCUGCAACUGCACAAGCAAGAAUCCAGCUUUCAGAAAGUAUAUUUAUUGGUAGUAAUGGACCAAUUUGCGAUGGAUAUUCCGUUGCUAAAGUCGUCGCAAGGAAAAACAAGUCUGUCGCUAAAUCUCUAGCUAAGUCAUUAGCCACGUUAUAUUUGGCUAUGUAG